AUGGGUUUAAAGUUGCUUUAAAUUUUGAGUGAAAAUAAUUAUGAGAUUUAUUAUAUUAAUAGAGGGAAAAAAUAUUGGAAUAAUUAAGUUAAAAAAAUUAAAAAUGCAACUCAUAUAUUCGGAAAUAGAAACGAAAAAAAAGAAUAUACUAAAUUAAUAAAAUAUGUAAGUGAAAAGGCAGGAAUAACAAAUUCAUCUAAUAUUAAAUGGAGUGCUGUAUAUGAUUUUUGCGGUUAUAAAUAUAGCGAAGUUUAAUGUACAUAUGAAGCAUUAAAAGGAUUAAUUGAUAUAUAUGUAUUUAUAUCUACUGAUUCUAUAUAUGAUGCUUGUGACAAAAAAAUUAGGUAGUCUAAUUUAUAGACAUAAUAAAUAUUAAUAAAAAUUUAUUUAAAUAGAAAUGGUAAUUAAUUUAUUAAGGAAUAACAUGCACAUAAGUUAAAAUGUGAAGAAUUUCUUUAUCACUAUACUUAAAAAGAUAUUUUUCCAUUUGUAAUUUUAAGACUUCCUGAUGUCAUAGGUCCUUUUGAUGAUACUGGAAGAUUUUGGGCAUAUAUAAAAUGGAUAUAAAAAAGUUAAGAUUAUCCAAUAUAUAUUGAUGAUGAAUGUAAAAACACAAAAAUAAGUUUUGUUUUUAGCGAAGAUGUUGCUUUAUUGUGUUUGAAACUUAUAGAUAUGAAUAAAAGGGAUAUAUCAUAUAAUAGUUACAAUAUAGCGUUUAAAGAAAACAUUACUUUAAAAUAAUUUUUUAUAAAAAUUGUAUUUUUUUAUAAUAUUGAUUAUAUAUAUUUAUUUUUAUAUUUAGCAAUAUCUUUUGAAUGUUAGUAAUUUAAAUUUAAAAGAUAAAGAUAGUGCCUCUAAAUUUUAUCCAUCAGUUGA